AUGAAGACCGAGGAGCUUUCAAAGCAGAGAGAUGUCUUACAUCAGAUAUCUCAGGCUAGUGAUGCUAUCCGACGGAAGCACAGAAUGCUCAAGUUGGGUAAAGACACAGCUGAAAAGGCAAUGGGUGAAAUGUUUAAGCCUAUUGUUACACCUCUGCAGAGUCUAGUCGAGUCGUCUAAGCAUAAAAUCAAACAAGAAAUCAAGCAAGAAGUCAAAGAAGAAUUUAAAGAUGAUAAUUCAACGGUGAAUAAUGAUGCCAGUAAUUAUGAUAGUAUUAUCUCUGAAGAUAGAAGUGGGACUCUGGAAGGAACACAAGUAUUUCCUGCUAAAGAUAUUGACAUGAGAUAUGGUAUUCGUCGACGUUUUAAUGAUUUUUAUAUUGGUGAUUCUGAAAUAACUUUUGACGAUAAUGAGAUUAAUAUAAAAAAUAAAAAUUACUCUGUGACUCCUGGUUUAUUGGAAUUAUUAUUUAAAAAAUCGUCAGAUGAUUCAAAAGUCACGCAGAAUGAUAAAAAUAAAUAUCUCGAAAUUAUUAAAAUGACAAAUACUCAUAGAACAAAUUAUAAACCAGAUGGUAGUUUUUAUGAAGACACGACAAUCAAGUAUAAUAAUUAUAUUGCCGAUUUUCUCGAUAAAAAUGCAAACUUAUCAAAAGGUAAAGGAUUACUUGAUUUUAUGAUUGCGAAAAAGAAAAAAUCAUGUAUGGAUUAUGUCUACUGGGAUGAUCCAAAUGAACUAGUUGACCGUCUGCGGUUACUCAUGGUAUCUCAAGCAGCUGGAAAUCCAAGUCACACCAAUGAAAUCAUAUCAAUUAUAGAAGAGCUACGAGAAGCGGGGAUUAUUUAUUAG